CAAGACGGGAAGAGAAGCGAAAAGCGACAAAGGCCGACCCAGUGAGCGACGGACUCACGCCUCACGGACCUCAGCGGCGGCUCACGGCGCCACUGUCGCCUGCGCCUCGGGUUCAAACCCCAAUUCAGUCAGUUUCGCUUCGUCAGUUUCAUCAAUGAACAGAUGGAAUGUGAUUUUUUUUCAGUACAGAUGUUUAAAUCUUGCUGGAUUUCAAGACGGUCCAUCAAGGCCUUUUCACCCACACCCCAAAUGCGUUUGAUAAGAUGCCUCUAUGAGCCUAAGCAUUAUUUCUCAUCCAUUGAAUGUUCUGCUUGCUCCUACACUACUCUUCACGCUUCAGAAACAGAAACCACCCGAAAGAGUUUGCUAUAUAAAGAUUUGAAAGUUCUGAAAUUGCAAGCCCCCAGCAGGUUUAGGAGUUCUCCCCGAAAAAUGUGUUCGGGAAAUAGUGUGCUUGUGCCAUUGGGGGUUCAUGUGGACCAAGGAACUCAAGGUAUUAAAAAGGUUAGUGAAAGUAGAAUGAGAGUGCUACACUGGUAUUCAGAAGUGUUCCGAGGUUAUGCGGAAAAGAUGUUCUUAAAAGAAGGAAAAGUGCUUCAUGGGGAGCUGGUUAGAAAUUUAAUUGACCUAGAUGCACAUGUGCUUGUUUCCUUGAUCAAUUUUUAUGCUAAAUGUGGAGAUCUGAAUUCUGCACGCAAAGUGUUCGAUCAGAUGCCUGAGAAGGAUGUUGUAUCAUGGACAACACUAAUCUCAGGAUAUCUACCUGAACGUAAUCAUAUUCAAAUUGUUAGAUUAUUUUGUGAGAUGCAGAGGGAAGGUGUAAUCCCUAAUGGGUUUACAUUGUCCACAGUUCUGAAGGGUUGUUCUAUGUGCUUGAAUUUAGAGUUUGGAAAACAGUUGCAUGCUAAUGUAGUAAAACUUGUCACCUCAGAUGUUUAUUGUAGUUCUGCGCUUAUUGAUUUCUAUGCUAAAUGUCAUGAGAUAGAAGAUGCGAAAAAAGUAUUCCUUCAUAUGCCAGAACCAAAUUUAGUAUCUUGGAAUGCUUUGCUUAAUGGGUAUGCACAAGAAGGCGAUGGGCAAGAGGUCUUAAGAUUGUUUUGUUGUUUGUCUGAGUCAGAAUUCAGGUUAAGCAAUUACACAUUAAGCACUGUUCUAAAGAGUUGUGCUAACGAGGGCAACUUGGGAGCUGGCCAAGUAGUUCAUUCAUUGGCAAUAAAGAUUGGAAGUGAACUUGAUGACUUUAUAAGCACUAGUCUAGUAGAUAUGUAUUCCAAGUGCCGACUGCCUGAGGAUUCUCUUAAAGUUUUUAAGAGAAUAAGAAGUCCUGAUGUUGUCUCGUGGAGUACAAUGAUAUGUAGCCUUGAUCAACAUGGAUAUAAAAAAGAAGCAGCCUCUGUUUUUCAAAUGAUGAUGCAUUCUGGCGUGAGACCUAAUCAGUUUACUCUUGCAAGUGUCAUUAGUGCAUCUGCUGAUUUAGGUGAUCUGUUUUUUUGCAAAAGCAUCCAUGCUUGUGUUUUGAAAUUUCGACUUGACUCUGAGAAUUUGGUGAGCAACACUCUUAUCUCAAUGUACAUGAAUUUUGGAUUAAAUAAUGAUGGCUACAAAGUUUUUUGCUCUAUGAAUUCAAGGGAUGUUAUUACUUGGAAUGGGCUUUUAUCGGGAUUUCAUGCUGAUGAAACAUCACACGAGGGGCCGAAGAUUUUCAGUCAGAUGCUUAUUGAGGGACUCAAGCCAAAUCUGUACACAUUUAUAAGCAUUCUGAGGUCUUGUUCCAGCCUGUCAGACAUUGGUUUUGGGAAACAAGUACAUGCUCAUGUAAUUAAGGAGAACUUGAGCGGAGAUUGCUAUGUAGGAACUGCUCUGAUUGACAUGUAUUCUAAAUGUGGGUACCUGAAUGAUGUUGAAGUUAUUUUCACUAGGUUGGCUCAGAAAGAUGUAUUCACAUGGACGGUGAUGACUUCAGGCUAUGCACAAAGUGAUCAAGGGGAAAAGGCCUUUGAAUGCAUAAGUCAGAUGUUGAAGGAAGAUGUCAAGCCAAAUGAAUUUACUCUUGCAAGCUGUGUGAGUGGCUGUUCACGUAUAGCAAGCCUUAGUAAUGGAAGGCAGCUGCAUUGCUUAGCAGUUAAGUCUGGGCAUUUCAGUGAUUUGUUUGUGGCCAGUGCAUUAGCUGAUAUGUAUGGUAAAUGUGGGGCCAUUGCUGAUGCCGAGACUCUGUUUGAGGGCAUUGAGUCAUAUGAUACUGUGUUGUGGAACACAAUUAUAUGCACAUACUCUCAGCAUGGGAUGGGCAAAAAAGCUCUACAAGCUUUCAGGAGGAUGUUGAAUGAAGGUAUUUUGCCUGAUGCAACUACUUUCAUUGGCGUUCUUUCUGCAUGUAGCCACUUGGGCUUGGUUGCUGAUGGGAGAAAACACUUUGAGUCGAUAACCAACACUUACGGAAUCAUUCGUUCUCCCGAGCAUUAUGCUUGUAUGGUUGAUAUCCUUGGUCGAGCCGGAAGAUUUGAUGAGGUGGAAAAGUUCAUUCAGCACAUGGAGCUUACUCCAGAUGCAUUAAUCUGGGAGACUGUUCUUGGUGCUUGUACGAUUCAUGGAAAUGUUGAAUUGGGAGAAAUGGCAGCGAAUUUCUUAUUUGAACAUGAACCUAAAGUGGAUUCGAGUUACAUAUUGCUGUCCAAUAUAUAUGCCGCAAAGGGGAGGUGGAAGGAUGUGGCAAAGAUGAGAGCAUUUAUGUCUGAUCAGGGGGUUAAAAAGGAACCUGGUUGUAGCUGGGUUGAAGUUGACACUCAAAUCCAUGUCUUUCUAUCUCAGGAUGCCUCACAUCCAAGAAUAAGCGAUAUACAUGCAAAACUGGAUGAGCUCUGUUUACAACUUAAUUCAGCAGGCUAUAUUCCAAACAAGGAUUAUUCACUUCAUAAUGUACAAGAUCAGGAAAAAAGAGUAAACCUCCUACAUCAUAGUGAAAGGCUGGCUCUAGCUUUUGCACUCAUAAGUCACGCUACAAACCAUACCAUAAUAAUCUUCAAAAAUCUUCGGAUAUGUGGAGAUUGCCAUCAAUUCAUGAAGUUGUCGUCAUUAAUAACACAUCGAAAAAUAGUUAUUCGCGAUGUUAAUCAUUUUCACCACUUCUGUGAUGGCACGUGUUCCUGUAAUGAUUAUUGGUGACAUGAUCUUGACCAGCUAGCCUAUUGUUCUCAUCUCUACCAGGCUUCAUUGAUAUUAUUAUUCCUAGAUCAUGAACUAAAUAGCCCGAGACUACUAUUUACUUUCAACUCACUAUUGGGUCUAGCGCUUCUUAACUUUUGAAGUGCAAUAUUUAGUUCAGAUGAUUUUCUUCGCCAGUGGAGAUCUAAUGAUCCUGAUCCAGUUAGAAUAGCUGAUUGAUGAGAUAACUUCAUGGCAACAUGCUACAGAGACCUUCCUGGGUUGUACCUAUCAGUGCCAUUGCAAGAAGCAACUAGACGAUCAGAUGGGCCGGAUUUGGCCAACCCAACUGUGGCCCAAUUAGACCACCCGGCCCAGCAAAGUCGCUGAUUGAGUUAACAUUUCUAUCAUCCCCUGAAGUGUUCAGUCCCUGGACGAGGUCGCAGAUAUGUGUUCGUAACACAACUUUAUUGGGAUUACCUUCUCAGUUGGGAAACUCUACAAUGCUGAAGUCCUUGGUAAUUGUUUGAGUGGACACAACACAUUCCUGAUGAAGUAAGAAACCUUCUUGAUCUUGGAGACGUGUAAGAUUCUUUUUCCCACGUUUGGGAGACUUUAACAAACUGUGUCCUUCUUGGGACAAGGAUACCUAGUAUCAACUAUCAAGUGCUCCACUGCUCCAAACUAGAUAUUCUUAGGGUCUCCACUGGAGAAGAACAUCAUCUAAGCUAAUUAUGGCAGUACUAAAGUUAACAAAUGCUUGACUUGCAAGGCUUCAACACAUCUGGUUUCUACAUUAAAUUUCCAUGAAGUAAUGGUAUAGUGUUGAUACGAAGCAGUGUCUUAAUCCAAAGAAGCUGAGAAGAGACGGCCGAGAGUUUUCCUUACAGAACCAGAUGGAGUUGGUUUGUGAGACAGAAGAUGGAAGAAUGUUUUUAUGGCAUUAAAAGAAGAAGUGUAUAACUGGAAAAACUAUGCUUUUCAGUCAUGCAUAAAGGGACUAAUCGGCCAUCACUGGGGAUGAAGACAUGACUGGCGACACGUGGCAAGGCUUUAAUUAGCAGCUCUCUGCAAUUGAUAUCGCUGGCGGCCGGGCAUUCUUAACCCCUUUUUUCUGUGUCCAUCUGCUACUUUGCUUAUGCUUCUAUUGCAAAUUUAAUUCAAAUAGGGGCAGUUCUUGCAUGGUGAAUUGGUGAGUGUAGUACAUACUACUAAGUACUACUUAGUUCAUGAUAUUCUGUAAAAGGAAUAUUCCAUAACUAGUUAUUGUGAGAAUAUAUUUGGUAAGAUCAACGUUUUCAUAGUACUCCCUUCGUCCCAUUUUGGUUGUCCUACUUUCCUUAUUGGGUUCUCCCAAAAUGAAUGUCUUGUUUCUUUUUUGGCAAAAAUAUGUGGUUCUUAUCAUUUCACUUUAUUCUACUCAAAUCUCAACCACAACUUUUACUUUUUAACCACUUUAUCAAUAAUCGUGUCAAAUUGAAAGAUGACAACCAAUAUGGGACGGAGGUAGUAUUAAGUUAUGGAAUUUCAAUAAAUCACGGGGGCCUGGGUGGGGAAUAAUAAUUACAAAGUUGCCAUUCACCGUGUAGUUUGUAUAAAAUAAGAUAAGAUAAAACACCAUAAGACUAUUAUUAUUUUUAAUAUUAUCAUUAGAUUUAUUAUUAUUGAUUUUGUAAAACUUCAUUAUUAAACUAAGAUGAAAUUACUUUAAAUUUGUUUUCUACUUUAAAAUAUAUAAUAUGUAUAUAUGUCAAUGUAGAGUAAAAUACGUAGUACGUAGUAGCAUAUUUCACAUUGGACAUUUUCACUUGAUUGAAAACUUAAGUGAUGUGGUAUUAUCUAUUUAUGUCUGGUCUAAUUUGGUUUUCACUUGAUUGAAAACUUAAGUGAUCUGGUAUUAUCUAUUUAUGUCUGGUCUAAUUUGGUUUGUUUAUGUCUAGGGUAGUCUUUUGAAGGUCAGAUGUGUAUAUAUUUGAUCUACUAUUGUCUUUGUUGGAUCUGAUUUGAUAUAUUUAAUACUGAUUUGGCCUGAUCUUAAACUGCAAAAGUCUAAAUGAAAACAUUCUUAAUAACACAUUAGCUAGGAACAAUAAUUAUUAUAAAAUAUUCACCCUUACAUUGUCGUUAUUAUGUACUACCUCUGUCCCACUAUGUUUGGGACAAGAGGGUGUGGCACAACAUUUAAGAAAAAAUGGAAUUGCGUGGUUUGUAUUGAAUUGAUAAAGUGUGAAUAAAGUAAAAAUGAAUUGUAACCACCCAAAUAUUACCAAAUAUGGUAUGAGACAAACUUAAUGGGACGGACGCAAAAGGUAAAACGGGACAAACUUAGAGGGACAGAGAGAGUACUUUUUAGUCGAAUACAGACUUGCCACUAGAUCCGCACCUUAUGUAUAUGGAUGAUUUCAAUCAAAAAGUCACUUCAUAUGAAAAUGUGAUGUUAUAUUCGUAAUUAAGUAAAAAAAUCGCCAUUUUUAGAGUGCACCAUUUGAUGACAAGUGUAUUGUGCAUUAAAAUAAGUGCAAUCAUUCGUCCUUUGCAAGUUGCAACCCCAAUUUUACUUCAAACCACGCUCUAUAUGGAGAGAUUAUUGUUUGGAUAAAUCAAGUUCACCAAAAGUGACAUUGAUCUUUUAUAUUCUAAAGAUCAGGAGGAGCGGUCCUGGGGGAAUAUGCCCAAAAUUUCUCUUUAUAUAUAGUGUGAGUAGAUUUCUUUUUAUUUUUUAUUUUUAAUUUUUAAGUUCAAUUAAUUAGAUCUAGUGUUUAAUUUGUGUUGAUAGUUUUGAAAAUUUAAAACAUAAGUAAAAAGUCUUAAGUGAAGUUAAGUUUAAAAUAUAUAUAUAUAUAUACACAUUUAAUUUUAAGUAGAACUGAUUGUUGUUUUUAAAAGCAACACAAUUGUUGUUCAAUUGAUAAAAGACAAACAUCUCCAUUCUUCACAUCUCUUUAGCCUUUAAGACUUUUUAUUCCUUGUAAUUAUAAAAUAAAAAAUUUAUAUAAUUAUUGUCCACCCUGUGCCUCUCAAAUCUCAUCUCAAUUGUUUCCAAAUUCCAAUUGCAAACAAAGGAAUCACUAAACAAUACUUGAGUUCUUAAUAACAAUUUUAGAGGACGUCAAAUCGACAGUCUUGUUGCGAGAGUCUUCUUGGUGGCUAAACUUUUUGUCUCUUUGAAAAUCUUUAUUCUUUCGAGGUUUCAAACUUUAGACUCUCAACGAUUAAUAAACCAUAAAUAUAUUCUCAACUUAUAUUAUGAAUUCAAUAUGUAGUAAUAUUUCUUUAAAUUUAUUCAUUCAGUUGUAACUAAAAGAAAGCUUAUUUUUGUUAUGUGCAAUUGAUGUUUGUGGCUAUUGUGCAAUUUUAUAUUCUCUCAUUAUUGUGAUCUUAGUAUUGGAAAAGGUUGAUUUGAAGCGAUUAUUAAUGAUUUGCUUCACAUUGCUCCGUGAGAAACGUUUGUAAGUGUUUUUUUUCUUUUCAUGUGAUACUUGUAUUGUUCUUUUUACCCAAACAUGUAAUCUAUCUAUACUGAAUUAAUCCAACUAAGUCUCUUCCCGCCUAACUCUUGGGGUAUUUGUGUAAAUUCCUUUGCAAUUAGUUAUGGCUUCCUCAUCCCCUGCUUCUGCGUUUCCUCCUCAACUUAAUUACACUCCGUAUCGUUUAAUGUUUCUGAAUUUACUCGAUCUUUCAAAUCAUCCUCCUCAUACAAACCUCUUUGUUUCCUAAUGUUUCAGAAGGUUUUGGUUCUUUCAAAUCAUCCUCCUACAUGUGAACCACAACAAGUCUCCUAAUCAUUUGAAAGUACUGCGUGAUAUUUAUCAAAAUACUUCCGCCAUUACACCCUCUACUCAAUGAUUCUGAACAAGGUUCUCUUGAACAAUGUUGAUUUGCAAUUGGAUGAUAAGGCCUUACUUUAUCUUAGAGUGGGGAAAGUUGGUGAUUUGUUAAGAUUCUUCCCUUUUUUCUCCAAAGUUACUAAUUUCUUGAAAUUUUGAUUCCCUAUCACAAACAUGUGGAACUUGACAUUCUGAGUUAAUGUUGAAAAUUUGGUCAGAGAUUUAGGAUAGGGGAAAAUACAGCUACAACAGUUUGCCUAGAAUCGGUGUCUACGUUAUUGUUGCUAACAAAGAAGGUGGGUCAGUCUUUAAUCAUCUACUUAUACUUUUCGUUUGAUUAUUUUUUGCUGGCAGUGAUACUUUGUAAGUUUGUAGUAAUUUACUAAGGAGCAACUCAAUUUGCUUAGGGUGCACACAAUAGUAAUUUCUCAAUUGUGGUGUUUAGAAGUUUACUCCCUGUAAAUUGACACUGAGGUAAUUGAACUCGUCAUGCUUGAAAGUAGUUAUUCGCAGAUUGCAUUAUUGGUUGUCACUCCUAAUCAUAUCCUUUGUCAAUCAUUGUAUGUUUAUAUGUGUGGCUUUGACAUUAUUAGAUACCCCUUCCUCACAAGUUAGGGAGGUUGGCAGGUUGCUAAGCCAAUGCCUUUUUUUAUCCAAAGUUACUAAAUUCCUGAAAAAUUUUGAUUCCCUGUGUCACCAACAUGUGGAGCUUGACAUUCUGAGUUACUGUUGAACAUUUGGACUGAGUAUCGUCCUGAACUGAGUUUUGAUGUUAAAAUGGAAUACUUCCCUUAUUUAGCCAUUCCCUGCAUGAUAUUUAUGGAUGACAAUGCCUUGGGUACCCUAACCAUUGUGGGUUCCCCUUCCAAACUGGAUUCCCCUUUUCCUCAUUUAGGCUCUUUUUAUAACUGUUCUUCUCUUUAAUUCGAUUACAAUUCAAGACUAAUUUAAUAAGAAGUGAAAAGUACUUCCUGUUUUUAAUCAUUUCUUGAUCUUUGCCUAUGAUAUCAUUACAACACAUUACAAGUUAAAGGUAGUUAAAACUAAGGCAUGAGUUACGACUUAUGAUAUUCUAAUGGGAUGGCAGAUCAGUUGUGGAUUUUUUGUCUUCUAUUUCGUUCUAAAAAACAGCCAUCGCUUCAAAGCUAAUGAAAAUAGAGUAUUAGUUAUGGGUUAUUAUGUGUUGAUUUUUAAGUACAUGUCCAAUGAGAGUUAGCCAUCCUUCCUCUUUACACAUCCACUAGGUAUGGAUGUGUGUGACAUUGGUGCAGAUAUACUUAGCUGCACCUUUCGUUUUAGUUGAUUUGAAAUAUGCAGGAGAUGUUUUAGUGAUCUUGGAUUUACGUUCUGGUAAUUCACUUUUUGAACAUUUUGCCCAGCCCUGAGCCCCUCACUAGAUUGGUUUUUACAUGACAUAACUGACAUUCCAUCAUGUCAAACCCACAGCAAAACGACUUGCUACAAAAAGUGCACCACAAAUGACAUGCGCUCCAGCAGCAAGCCCAAACGAAGCAACAGCAGAAUUAUUGUUUAUUUCGUUUCUGGCAAAAAUAUUUGAAAACAUCAUGUGCUUUACUAUGUGCUUUGUGUAGUCCUUCCUAAAUUC